AUGUCCGAAAUCCUGAGUGGACUAACAGGAGUCGUCAAUCUCAUGGACGACAUUCUCGUCUUUGGCCGCGAUCAAGCCGAGCACGACGGAAACCUUGACACGACUCUCAAGAAGCUUGCUUCCUCUGGAAUCACCCUCAACCGCUCUAAAUGCGCUUUCAGCGUGAAGGAGGUGACCUUCCUAGGCUGUGUCAUCAGUAGUCAAGGCAUACGUCCCGACCCUAAAAAAGUCGAGGCUAUCAAGUGUCUCCCGCCGCCUACAGACGUCGCCGGAGUCCGCCGGAUCUUAGGGAUGGUGAACCAUCUGGCAAGGUUCCUGCCAAAUUUGGCCGAAAGGACAGCCGCUCUCCGCGUUCUCCUCAAGAAAACGUCGGAGUGGACAUGGGGCCCCGCUCAGGAAAAAGACUUCCAAAACAUCAAGGACCUCAUCUGUUCGGACCAGUGCUUGGCAAAGUACCAUCCGGAGUAUCCUACUACACUCUCAGCAGACGCAUCAGCCUACGGAUUGGGCGCAGUACUGCUACAAGUGCAACCGGAUGGGAACAACCGCCCAGUCGCAUUCGCCUCAAGAUCCCUAACGCCCGCCGAAACGCGGUAUGCUCAGAUAGAAAAGGAAGCAUUGGCUCUAACCUGGGGAGCCGAACGGUUCGAAGAAUACCUGCGUGGUCUCACGGCAACCUUUCAAACAGAUCAUCAACCUUUGAUCACCCUCCUGGGAAAAGAGUCUCUCGAUCUGCUGCCACCACGAAUUCAACGCUUCCGCAUGCGCCUCAUGCGCUUCAGCUACGUCAUGCAGUACGUCCCAGGAAAAAGUAUUGCUACUGCUGACACUCUCUCGAGAGCACCAACUGCAAGCAGUUCGACAGCGGGAACUCUCACUUGUGAUGAAGUGAGCGCCUACGUAGAGGGUGCACUCAUGGGUCUGCAAACUUCCGCCUUCGAUCCAGUGAAGAAAGCUCAAAAGGAAGACGAAGUCUGCCAGCGUAUUCUGUGCUUUUGCCUCAACGGAUGGUCGGAAAAACGCAGCGUCCUAGCCCCCCUCUCUCCGUUUUGGCAGUACCGAACAAGUCUGUCUGAAAACGAUGGCUACCUGCUGUACGGAACGCGCCUAGUGAUUCCUCAUUCUCUGAGAAGCGAAAUUCUCACUCGCCUACAUGAGGGUCACCAAGGCAUCGGACGCUGCAGAGAAAGGGCAAAGCGGUCUGUGUGGUGGCCAGGAAUCUCAUCGGAACUCCAGCGAAUGGUUUCUAACUGUGAAACUUGUGCUAUAAACCGACCGCAAAGAGCCGAGCCGCUUCUGCCGACAGUUACACCAGAGCUUCCAUGGCAGAUGGUGGGGAUCGACUUAUUCCAACUUCGGGGAAAGAACUACCUGAUAUGUGUGGACUAUCGCUCACGGUACCCCGAGAUUGCACUCCUUGCUUCCACCUCCGCAGACGCCGUCAUUAACCACCUCAAAAGCAUUUUCGCUCGUCAUGGCAUCCCUGUGACAGUGGUAUCCGACAACGGCCCGCAGUUCUCGAGCUCGGCAUUCGCAGAAUUCGCUAAAGCAUACGGCUUCAACCACACCACGAGCAGCCCUGUUUAUCCACAGGCCAACGGGGAAGCGGAACGCGCCGUUCAAACAGUGAAACAUCUGCUCGAGAAAGCAGACGAUCCGUACCUCGCCCUACUGGCCUACAGAGACACGCCGGGGCCGACAGGCUUCAGCCCGGCUAAAUUGCUCAUGGGACGCCAGCUACGCUCUCGAGUUCCUGCAUUUCCUGCCCUCCUCGUUCCCGGAAACGUCGACAACAAACAAGUGACGAAAAGGGACCUCGAAGCAAAACAACGCCAGAGGCGAAACUUCAACCGUCGUCAUGCGGCUAAGGACCUACCAGCUCUCUCUCCAAACACCCGUGUCUGGGUGCGAGACCUCAAAUGCGAGGGGGAGAUAACUCAACAAGCAGACACUCCCCGCUCCUACUGGGUCCAAACAGAGCGCGGACACGUGCGUCGCAACAGAAAGAUGCUCGUCCCAUUGCCGGCCUCACAGAAGAAAGCGCAACCGCUUCCCUCCUCAUUAUUCUCCGACACUGACGACGAAGAUUUCGAGCCGUCGACAGUCGCGGGACCGCUAGCUGCCCUCUACAAUGGAGCUUCGUCCCAGCGAGGUGACCCGCUGCGAACCGACAGCAAUAAUUCACUGCCCAAGCCAGUCAACGAUGCUGCAGCAGAGACAUCGAGGGUUCCAGCAACCACCACCCGUUCCGGCCGCAGAGUGUUUGUGCCUGAACGCUACGGUGUAGUCACUUAA